GCGGGUCAGAAAUGUCAAGACUUGUGUCUGAGAUCACACAGCUGAUAACUAAAAUGUCAGCUCAGUUUGAGGCAAGGAUCACCUCUUGUCCUCAUUUCGCCUUGGUUUUUCCAGGCUAUGUAGAGAUCACAGAAUUAGGAGGGCUGUUGUGGCUAUCAGAGACUAGGAAAACACCUAUCUAGAGUAAUGAAUGACUAAAUAUGCAGAUUGGUGCAAAUUUGAAAGAAAAUCGAUAUAUCUGUUUGUGCCUUCUGAUUGUACUCUCCUGUUUCCACAGGAUGAUGAAGAUAAGCUGACCUGGAAAGAUCGUUUCCCAGGUUACUUGAUGAACUUCGCCUCCAUCUUGUUCAUGAUUGCCCUGACAUUUUCCAUCGUCUUUGGGGUCAUCGUGUAUCGCAUAACAACUGCAGCAGCCCUGUCUCUCAACAAGGCUACACGCUCCAACGUCCGGGUGACAGUGACAGCCACAGCAGUCAUCAUCAACCUCGUGGUCAUCCUCAUCCUGGACGAGAUCUAUGGUGCUGUGGCCACAUGGCUCACCAAAAUCGAGGUUCCAAAAACAGAACAGACUUUUGAAGAGCGCCUGAUACUCAAAGCUUUCUUGCUAAAGUUUGUCAAUGCCUACUCGCCUAUCUUCUAUGUGGCCUUUUUCAAGGGGCGGUGAGUAUAAUGGUGUCACACGUGGUGACUUGUCACUAAGACAGGGGCCCCUGCUAGAGUCAGCUUGUCCCUACUGCCCAUUCACACCCUCAGUCCUAUUCCCCACUUCUGCCCCCACCUUGUUAUUCCUGAAGCAAUGGCAUUCGCACCACAUCAUUUUGGAUUAGAAUCUUCAGAUUCAGGUAACCAGGGAAACUGCAGGGAUUUGACCCUGGGCCCCAGAGGGUGAGUCUUGGAAUAAUCUGGGCAUCCCAACUUUGAGGAUGAGAUAGGAGGAAAUUUCAGGUCUGGUGAGUGACUUGGAAGUCUUUCAAUGCAUUUCUGACACUAGCUACCCUGAGUUAGCACAUACUU